CCUAAUAUGUUUGAAAACGAGUUUAUACCAGAAAAGGUCUUUCCAGCUAUUUUAAAUAACGAAUGGGAGAUUCCAAUUCUUUUAUCUCCAAAAUUAUUUCAGGUAAAAGACAAAAAAAAUAACCUCUCCUAUGUAGUAGAUUGUUUAAUUAACAACAAAUGCUUCAACUGGAUUUUGAUAAAUGAAUCAUUAAAGGGCAUUCUAAUAGACUGGUGUAUUGAUUCGAUUGAGUUGAAAUUUCAUUUGCAAAAUAUUAAAAUAAAGAGAAAUAAUUUGAAAUUUCCUAAAAUGAGCUAUAAAGGUGAUCCUCAUUCAAAUCAAAUUACAGUCCUGAAACAAAGUCUAUCAGACAAUAAGAACUUUGACUUGAUAAAUGAAAAAAAAAAAUUAAAUAAUUAUAUCAAAGAAAACGAACAUUUGUUGAUGGUAA